UGGGGUGGCAGGUUUAUGGGUUGGGGGCUGGACACACAGUGGACAGGUAUAACAAAGCUGAAACAAGAAGCCCUUUUUCAGACCACUGAUACAAAAUGGAGAGGAAGAUCUGCGGAGCAUCGUUUAUUGUUCUUUUGACUUCCUUACAAGGCUUUCUGUCCUCUGAUGCUGUGGACGUUCAACCUACCAUGAACCCAGCAGUUGUCGGGAGCACAGUGACACUGUCGCUGUCUCCCUCUGUGACCUUGACAAGUGGAAACUGGGCAGUGGGAGACACCUUCAUCCUUACUUGGCUCGGGGAGCAGCAGGCGGUUUUUCCCGGUUACAGCGGCAGGGCUUCUGUUAAUGUGACGACCGGAGCGCUCACGCUGAGCUCCCUCACCGUGACCGACUCAGGGGUCUACAGGGUGCAGAGCGGCGAGCCCCUGCUGAAGGCCAGCGUUUCUCUCACUGUUGUAGAGCCCAUUUCCAAUGUGACCCUCAACAUAAAUCAAAGUGAUCUGAUGGAGCUUCAAACAUCUGGGCUCAAAUGCUCCGUCUCCACUGGAUCUUCUCUCACCUUCCUCUGGAUGAACGGUAGCUCUGUGGUUACAGCCGGUGACAGAGUUCAGUUGACUGAUGGAAACUCCACUCUUAACAUUGUCAGAGUGAGCCGCUAUGAUUUGGGACCAUUCAGAUGUGAUGUAUCUAAUCCUAUCAGUAAUGGGACCAGUGAUUCGGUAAACUUCACUGUAAACUACGGCCCAGAUGACAUGCGUCUCACAGUGAAUGGACUGAACACAACUUCCUUCUCAGUUGGGUCCAAUCUGAGCAUGUUCUGUCUAACAGAGUCCAGCCCUCCCGCUCAAAUUCGUUGGGCCUUCAGGGGAAAUAUUAUGAAUGUAACAGGAGCAAUGCUGGAGCUAAUCCACGUCAGAGAGGACCAAAGUGGUCCAUAUUCCUGUUUGGCCUUUAACAACCGCACCAACCUGCACAGCAAUAUAACAACACACAUGAUAAUAUCAAAGUCUGAAGAACUAGAAGGGAAUGUCCUUCUUCUUCCUCUGCUAUUACUGGCUGGAUUCUCUUUAUCACUUUCAGAUCAAUGUGGCUGGUUCAGUCCCUAGAUGACCUGAAUCAUGUUCCUGUAUUUGUCAUGAAGAGGAUUUGUUUUUAAGGAUUUGAAAUUAUGUGACACAGUUUUACAACUAAAUGGGAAAAUCCUAAUUUAAUCAUUUGGUAAAAUAUAAAUAAAACAAAGUUACCUACCUGUCUGGUUAGCAAAACUGAAAUAGAUUUAUAGUUCAGAUUAUUAAUGCAUUUAUUCUGCAAAGAUUGUUGUAAAUUGUCAUACAUAUUCCUGUGUUUUCAGUCUCUUAGGUUUCAGUUGUCUCCAAGUCCUCACAACCAUCUUGAAAACUAAAUGUUUGCACAAUGCAAAUAGCUCAGAAGCAUCAUACACUCUUUUUCAUAUGUUUUUUUUUUAUUUGUUUUCUUUGAUUCAGGUAUUCCAAGCAGCUCAGAACGGUUACAGUUCAGUGCAGCACUCUUUGAAUUAAGUCUGUAAAAGUGAAAAAUGUACAAUAAAUCAAUAUCAAUCUUAUGUUAUACAUGGUGGCCAAAAACAAGACUGGCAGUUUAUUCUGUGUAGUCAACAUGAAUUUCUAUCUUUCUGACUAUAACCACAUAAAUAAAGCAUUUUUAAUCCACA